UUAUCAGAUAGUCCUUGCGCUUUGACUUUUGCUGAAGUAAUUUAUAAGCUAGCUUUUGAAGAAUUUUUUAUAUUUAAAGAAAGUCUAGCAGAUGAUAAUAUGAAACAGACCACCAUUGUAAGUGAAGAAUAG